GAGAGCCCGCCCCAGCAGCAAAGCUCCAGAGGUAGGAGGCGUGGCUGGCCGGAGGCCCCCACCCCUACUACCCCGAAGGGAGGGGAGGGUUAGUGCGGACGCGGCUGCCCGCUUUAGCUGCCCUUCAGGGUCGGGUGCGAUGUCUUGAGGCAAGGGCGCUACCGCAGUUUUAGUCUUCUGGGGAGACCAGCUGGCCGGACCCACGUGCACAAACCCGAUUUAACUGAAGGCAUUGAGACGGAGAUCCCGGUUCAGACUUGGGGCCAGUGGCCGCUGGCGCACCUCAAAGCGGGAGCUCAGCCGGCCGGGAGUUCCUUUCUGGGGAGUGUCCCCAAGGGCAGCCAGUGAGGGGCUCCCGGUUGCCGUGGCAACCCCACGCGCCCGGCGGGGACCGCGCGCGCCGAGGGGCUUCGCCACUACCGGAAGUGACGUGUUUCACCUGCCGAGCGAGGGCGGGGUGGGACCAGGCUGCGAGGUGCCGCCGCCGUCAGCCAGUCGGGAGCGCGCGAGGAGCCGGGUGACUGAGACCGGUUUAGAGCCGCCUACCUGCAGUCGUCGCCCACGGCCGGGCCGCCACCAUGGCGCUUCUGCUGCGCUUCGUGCUCCUGUGCGGAGUCGCGGAUCUCACCAGAAGUUUGAGUAUCACUACUCCUGAACAGAUGAUUGAAAAGGCCAAAGGGGAAACUGCCUAUUUGCCGUGCAGAUUUACCCUGGGUCCAGAAGACCAGGGGCCGCUGGACAUCGAGUGGCUGCUGUCACCAGCUGAUAAUCAGAAGGUGGAUCAAGUGAUUAUUUUAUAUUCUGGAGACAAAAUUUAUGACGACUACUACCAAGAUCUGAAAGGACGAGUACAUUUUACAAGUAAUGAUCUCAAAUCUGGUGAUGCAUCAAUAAAUGUAACAAAUCUACAGUUGUCAGAUAUUGGCACAUAUCAGUGCAAAGUGAAAAAGGCUCCUGGUGUUGGAAAUAAGAAGAUUCAGCUGACAGUUCUUCUUAAGCCUUCAGGUACAAGAUGUUAUGUUGAUGGAUCAGAAGAAAUUGGAAAUGACUUUAAACUAAAAUGUGAACCAAAAGAAGGUUCACUCCCAUUACUAUAUGAAUGGCAGAAAUUGUCCAAUUCACAGAAGCUGCCCACCUUGUGGUUAGCAGAAAUGACUUCACCUGUUAUAUCUGUAAAAAAUGCCUCUACUGAACACUCUGGGACAUACAGCUGUACUGUGAAAAACAGAGUGGGCUCUGAUCAAUGCCUGCUUCGCCUGGAUGUGGUUCCUCCUUCAAAUAGAGCUGGAACAAUUGCAGGAGCUGUUAUAGGAGUUUUGCUUGCUCUAGUGCUCAUUGGUCUUAUUGUGUUUUGCUGUCAUAAAAAGCGCAGAGAAGAAAAAUACGAAAAAGAAGUGCAUCAUGAUAUCAGGGAAGACGUGCCUCCUCCGAAGAGCAGAACAUCCACUGCCAGAAGCUACCUCGGCAGCAACCACUCGUCCCUGGGGUCCAUGUCUCCUUCCAACAUGGAAGGCUAUUCCAAGACUCAGUAUAACCAGGUACCAAGCGAAGACUUUGAACGCGCUCCUCAGAGUCCGACUCUCCCACUCGCUAAGGUAGCUGCCCCUAAUCUCAGCCGGAUGGGAGCAGUGCCUGUGAUGAUUCCAGCCCAGAGCAAGGACGGGUCCAUAGUAUAGAGCCUCUGUACCUUCAUCUGUGCUCUCCACGUUCCUUUUCUCUUCUCGAAGUAUCAACACCUAUUCUGUUCUGAAUUUUGCUACCAGCCUCAAAAUAUAUCAAAAAGAAGUUCACCAGAAACGGUAAAAACUCCAGGUUUUGUGCAGUUAUAUUGAAAUAGUAAAGGCAUUAAAGAAAGUUCUAAGGGCAAAUUCACCUUCUAAGUAAUAUAUCCUUUAAGAGCUUGAUUUUAUAGGUUUCUGGGUAUCAAUACUUCAGUCAGAUGCAGCACUUUGAGUGUGAAGUCAUAGGUGAAGAAAGAAAUUGGUGAACUUACAUGCAUAUACCAAGCUGAUACUUGAAUCAUCUGAAAGUGGUACUUUAUAGUUUCUACCAUUACUUUUAGGUUGCCUUUUUCAAUUAAUUUAUGACCCUGUAAUUCCCCUGCCCCCAAAUUGGUACAGAAAGAUUCAUGACAAAAAUAGUCACAUACAUUUAUGUUGGUUCUUGUUUUUGCUUCAGUGAAAACUCUAAAUGUGUUUAAAGUAUCUCUAAUAAGUAGAAAACACUACAAUGUUCUAGAAACCACUCGUUCUGAGUCAUUCAUAAACCUUGUCUAUGAAAUGACUUAAGUGCUUAAUUGAUAGGUUGCUCUGGGCAGCAGGGACAUAGUAAGCUCCUUUUUUAUGCUAAAAUAAAGGAGCAUCUGUCUGGUCCAUUUGGAAAAUUUGCUGUCAACUACAUGUAGUGAUGGUAGUAGUGGUGCAAUAGUGAGGGUGGACUUUGUUGCCGAGUGUCUUGAUGCCUUGAGGCCUGUGCAGGUCUUCAGAACCCUGACUUGCUGUCAAGGAUGUGUAGUGUUUUGCAGUUCUCAACUAAAUGCUGGCCCUCCACUUUAGGCUAUAUUUUUCUAGUAAGAAAAAAGUAUAACUCAUUUAUUAUUUGACAGUUAUAGAAUAUCUGUAACUCCCUAAUUAUUGGUUCUAAAUUAAAAAAAAAAUUUACCCCUGAUUUAGUGGGGGUUUGGGGUGGGGGAGGGUUUUUGUUUUUGUGAUGAUGUUGCAUAGUAUAUGUUCUAGGAAUAUACUCUUAAAUUUGCCAUCUUGAAUGCUGUUCCUGGAGGAUAUUGUCUUCAUAAACUUAGAAUGAUGAAAUACACCCUAAACUAGUAAGUGUCCUCCAUCAGUUCUGUAUUUCAGACUUGGGAGGAUGUACCGUUGCUAUUGUAUGGCCAACACGUCUUGUGUAGUUGCAGAAAAUCAAGUUGAGCUUUGAAAAGUUUGUCUUAGUUUUGUGGAAGUGACGUAAUCUUUAAAAAAAAAAAAAAAAGAAAGAAGAAAGAAAUGAUAGGAAAAGGAGUAAAAGGAAUACUCCUACCUGCCAAAUGUAUUAAAUGCUGUCUUAGUAGAUGAAAGUGAAUUUAUUGUAUUUCCCUUAAGAUUGUGAGGAAGCGUGGAUAUAUAGCAUAUAGUAGAAUGAGCCAUCAGUUUCUUUAUAGUACAUAAGGUUUGCAAUAAAUUAUUUCAUUAGCUCUAAAACCUUUUCCCUAGAUUUCAGUAGGGAGUUGGUUUCUGUUCAUCUCUUUGGGUGCUGUGGUGGUAAAUGCUACAUUAUAAAUUAAUGUUAGCAUGAAUUUAUGAUUAGGCAGAGUAUGUAUACACUUUUUAAUGGUAAACGUAAGCUGAAUGUAUAGUGGAUUAGUGUAUAGUUUGACAUUUUUGGAAUAGGUUUUUAAUGUUACAUAAAAUUUGCUUUUAUGCUUGUGUUAACAUUUUCAUCUGUGCCUUUUGGGUAAUUCAGUUUUUAUGAUGAAUUUCUGGUGCCUAUGAGCUAGCUAUCACCUGAAAGGUGCUUAGAGGUGAAGGUACUGUUCCUAAAAAUGCAUCACUGUGAUACCUUUCUAUCCUUACACUUUGAGUCUUGCCUCUUCUUUUCUGUUCUUUUUGGAUGCAAGUUAACUGAUUAUGUUACUUGUCAUGUUUCUACAAUUUCGACAUCCCCUACACUCUUUGUGUUUCUGAUUUUAUAACAAUAACUAUUUUUGAAUACUGGAUUCCCAGUCUGUUUUAUAUGAAUACAAUUUAUAAGAUAUUUUAAGAAUAAAUAAGAUCACGAACAUUAAUAAUAAAACAUUUUUGGUCCUCCCUAUUUCCCAUUUUCGUAUAAUGAAGAUCAUGCUGUCAAUCUAAGUAGAAAUUACUAUGAAAAGUGGACAUGUGUAAGGCUUUCCUCCCCUAGACUUGGUAGUUAGUCUAGGAUUUGAUUGUAAGGACAUCAGAAUCUCCCAGAGGUGCUUCGUUCCAGUUCAGGUCCAUACCACCUACAACCUGAAAAACAAGCUCGGAAAAAGCCACUGUGUGACCUGAAGACACUAUUGGAUGUGGCUGGGUUUAGAGGACAGACUUCGGUUUUAGGUUUAUGUCUCCAGCUACUCGUUGUAAAUUUCAGCUAAUCCAAAAGUGAGAUACUGCUGAUAAUUUCCCAAACAAUUCUACCUAAUAAUUUACUUUGAACUAGAGAUCAAAUAUUUGUUCUGGAAUUUCUAUUGGUAAUUAUCAAGCAGUUCAACAAAAAAUUGUUAAAUGUUUCAAUUAGAGUCAAACAUCAGUCAAGGACAGCACUGACUCUUCAAAGUAAAACUGUUCCAUUCCACUUUAUACCUAAGAGACUUGACACCGACACCACAUUCUUUUGAGUUAUGCAGGAAAACUGUAAAAGAAAUGAUAUCAUAGAGGAUGCAAUUCUAUGCUUUUAAUAUGUAGAUGACAGGUGUUCUUUUUUCUUUUUGGCAAUCUUAUCAAUAUUUCCUUGUUAGAAGGCAGGAAAAAAAAAAAAAACUUUAUUGAUUACACUAGCUAGUUAUUCCAGGCAAAUAACUUCUUUGAAAUUUGGGCAAUCUACCAUGGAGUUGUAAUGGAAACGCAGCCUGAGCGUGGCUAUUAGGGGGAGGUUAAUUCAAGAAACACAAUUAGAUUAUUGGUAUGAAUUAAUACAUGGUUUUUAUUUAAAAGAUAAUUUUUAGGAUUGAGUUCUGGAGAUUUGGAGCAAGUGAAGGGGCAAGUAAACCUUUUGAUUAAAUAUUUUUAAACUCAUUGCAUGAUGUUGGAGAUCAAAUUCUGUAAUGUAUGGCAUCUUAAAAUAACUAUUCUCUGUCUCUUUUUGUGUGUGUGCAGCAUGUAAAUUUGAAGUUAUUUGUGAAUGUUUAACGUUCUUUUUCUAAUCUCUUUUCAUCUCCACAGUGUUUAGGGCUUUCAGAUGCCUUAUUCUAGUGUGCACAGAAAAAGUCCAUAUUUUUUGUGGUUAAUGCUUUGAUGUGUCUUGUAAGGAGUAGUUUGUAGAAAACGUUAGCACACUUUAAACUUUUUAGUGGCUUGUGAAAUUAUAUAUUAUAUAUAUAUAUAUGUACAUAUAUCUUUAUAAUAUUUCCUGUGUUUAGUAGUAUAAAUGUUCUGGGUAAGUUUUAAUAUUUCAAAUGUCUUUGGCUAUUCUUUCAAUAAAGGCAACAUGUUCUGUAGUUGGAUUUUUUUUUUUUUUUAACUCAUUUGACACUGAAAUGGUCCAUAACUGAGCACAGGUUCUACUUAAAAAUGUUAAUAGAAGUAGGAAAGAAUAAUAAAUAAAUUGGUGAAUUGUGGUUCUGUUUAUCUUCUGGAUGGUAACACCAGCAAGUUAAGUGCUACAUUUGGCUUCUUACUGUUAAUUAAAAUCCAGUUUUAUAAAAUACUUCAUUUUGUAAUUUCAGAGUGUGGUUAAUAUCAGUCGGGUUUGGUUUUGAUCCUGAACACUAAAAGCUCCAAGGAAGAAUGCUGUGUUUUCUACUAACUUAUCUAAUGACACAAGUGUUGAGAGAACCACAAUUCACUAAUUCACUUAUUCUCUAACUCUGAAUUUUUGUGACAAAUACACUCAUCCUACUGAGGAGAAAUAUUUUGACACUUCACAUGCACAAGUACAGAAUUGAUAGUGUCAAUUUAAAAAAUGAACCUUUGUAUUUCAAGCUUCUGGUUUAAAUAUCCGAUGGUGCAGAUUUUGAAAUUUGUAAGAACAAAAUUUGGCUUAAAAGAACCAAAAACUUGCUCUGGUUUUGUGACCUUGUGUACUUUUAAAAUAAAAUCAAGAAAGCAGUU